AUGGUGGAUAGCGGGUUGGUGGAGGAGGGCAAGGCAUUUUUAUACCCAAAAAUUCGUAACUAUGAUUAUGGGUUUAGUCGUGCCAUCGGGGUCUCCGAGAUGGAUGAAUUCUUUCGGAGUGAGGGUCUAGUCGAUGGUGAAACUAGGGCUAAGCUUCUUAAGGCAGAUAUUGAUGAAAUUACGAUGAAUACUUGCAAAUUAGCUUGCCAUCAAGUUGGAAAGAUCUUGAGGAUGAGGGAGGAAUUUGGGUGGCAGAUCUAUCAGUUGAACGCCACAGAGGUAUUCCUUCGAUGUGAUGGAGAUGCCAAUGAAGCAUGGGAGAAAUUGGUGUUGGAGCCGAGUACGAACAUGGUGGCUCGUUUCAUUUGCAAAGAAAACAUAGAUCUGAAACCUACUGCAUAUGAACAAUUAGUAUGA